AUGUUUAUGUCGAAGCUUGCACGCAAAUACCAUCCUGACACGAAUCCGGAUAAGGGCGCUCAGGAGAAGUUCAUCCUCAAAGACGAGAAGAAGCGAGCUGAUUAUGAGAAGUAUGGUGCUGCGUCUCAAGAACCAGGCUUCAAUCCAGAUGCCUUUGCCAAUGCUGGUACUUCAUUCGGUGGCGCUGAAUUCCAAGGAUUCAAGGACUUCUCUGGGUCCUUUUCAGCAGGACCAGGGGGAGAUCUGUUUGAACAGCUCUUUGGCAGUACCUUUGGUGGACGUGGGAGACCACGCAGGCAUGAAGAUAUGCAUGGGAGCGAUCUCGAGGCUACAGUUGGUGUAACUUUCAUGGAGGCGUGCAAGGGCACAUCACGAACUAUUAACGUUACCCCUGUCGUCAACUGCUCAACUUGUUCUGGUACCGGGCUGAAGGCAGGGGCGAAACGAUCCACCUGUACAUCCUGUAGUGGAACAGGUACCAGGACGUACGUUAUCGACAACGGUUUCCAGAUGGCGAGUACAUGUCCGACGUGUCAAGGCACUGGAACGACGGUUCCGCGAGGCAGCCAGUGCGGUGAAUGUGCCGGAGUCGGACAAGUCAGGAUCAGGAAGAAUGUCAAGGUUGAUAUCCCGGCUGGCGUGGAAGAUGGUAUGACUAUCCGACUACCAAACGCGGGCGAUGCACCGAUUUCCGGCAGAGGUCGCGCUGGUGACCUACUUGUGCGGAUCAAUGUUGCAGCUUCGAAACUCUUCCGACGGCAGGGUCCUAAUCUACACCACGAAGCGCGCAUCCCGUUGCAUACGGCUCUUCUGGGUGGAAGGGUUCGGGUACCAACCCUUGAUGGAGAGGUCGACGUGCGCGUGCCUGGAGGGACACAACAGGGUGAGGAAAUGGUAUUGAAAGGCCGGGGCGUCUCCUCGGUCUAUGGUGGCGAUAAGGGUGACCUGUUCGUCACGUUCGGGGUGCAGUUACCUAGGUGA